GCUGAGCCGGUGGCCAGAGCACCGCCCCCAGGAGCGGAGGGAGGGGUGGCGGAGCCGGGGGGUGCCCAGCUGCCAUCCCCGCCGCCUCCUGGCCCCCACUCCCUGGCGCCCAAGUGGGAAGGCGGCAGCUGCCCGCUCCCUCCUCCCCACACCCCCGCUACCUGCCCAGUCCCCCGAAGCGAAGCGUGAGGCUGAGAGCCAACCCGGCCGAGCCCACAACUUUGCAGCCUCAGAGAAGACGAGAGCCGGCGUCCGGGGCUCCUCUUGUCCGCGAUCCCAGCUCGGAAUGUAAUCCAGGAUGCUGGCCCUGCGGCUGCUCAACGUGGUGGCCCCCGCCUACUUCCUGUGCAUUUCCCUGGUGACCUUCGUGCUCCAGCUCUUCCUCUUCCUGCCCAGCAUGCGUGAGGACACGGCUGCCACUCAGCUCUUCUCUCCUGCCCUGCUUCACGGGGCCCUCUUCCUGUUUCUCUCAGCCAAUGCCCUGGGCAAUUACAUCCUGGUCAUCCAGAACUCUCCGGAUGACCUGGGUGCCUCCCAGGGGACCACAUCCCGAAGAGCUCAGUGCCCGCCACCCAGCACCCACUUCUGCCGAGUGUGCGCUCGAGUCACACUGAGGCACGACCAUCACUGUUUCUUCACUGGUAACUGCAUCGGCAGCAGGAACAUGCGCAACUUCGUCCUGUUCUGCCUCUAUACCUCGCUGGCCUGCCUCUACUCCAUGGUGGCCGGCGUGGCCUACAUCUCAGCUGUCCUUUCUAUUUCUUUCGCUCACCCUUUGGCCUUCCUCACGCUCCUGCCCACGUCAAUCAGCCAGUUCUUCUCCGCGGAAAGAGCGCUCCUGUGUACGUGGCCUGGGUGUAAAGUGGUCUGGUGUUUCCCCUCCCCCGCAGGAGCUGUCCUCGGUUCUGAAAUGUUCGUCAUCCUCAUGCUCUACCUCUGGUUUGCCGUCGGCCUGGCCUGCGCUGGCUUCUGCUGCCACCAGCUGCUGUUGAUCCUCCGGGGGCAGACCCGCCACCAGGUUCGAAAGGGAAUGGCAGUGAGGGCCCGGCCCUGGCGUAAAAACUUACAGGAAGUCUUCGGAAAGAGGUGGCUAUUGGGCCUGCUGGUCCCCAUGUUCAAUGUCGGGAGCGAGAGCUCAAAGCAGCAGGACAAGUAGCAGGCAGGCACUCCAGCCAUUUCUGUGUGAAUCAGUUCCUCCUGAUCUUAAGACCACAGCACCCUUGUCUCCACCUGUGACCCACCACAACCUCUGCUGAUAAGGGCCUCACAUCCACCCCAGGUCUUCAAACCAGAGGGGACAUACUAGCAUCCUGCCCUGGAGGGAAAACGGCCAUCUGGGUCAGGCUCCUCACGGGCCAGCCAGGUGACUGCUGUUAGGACACCUCGGCUUCAGGUUUCUCCCUGGGGAACCCCUUUUCCUCCUCUGUCUGGCCCAUCCACCCUGUCUUAUGUCUCAUAUCAUCACUGCUUUUGCUGGAGCUCUUCCCCUCACCUUGGCAGUGAGGAGUGCAUUCUGGAUGCUGGUAGGAGACUCUCCAGUACCUGAAGGCUAGUAAAUAUGUACACUUACCAUGUGUGAGUUGCAGCCAAGUCAGCUCUGCCAAUUGGGGGUGAAAAUGGAAAGGGGUGGGGAUGCAUCCUUACCCCUCCUCAAAGAGUCAGUAGUGGGAAGGAGAAAGCAUGGGCACCUGCCACUCAGUCCCUGUUCAACGCCCAUUCCCUGGAGACAGCAAACAAUGGCCUAGUGUUUCUAAAUGCUGUUUCCUGCCCACCCUCCCCAGCUACCUUAGCCAAGUCCAGGAGUUAGCUGGAUGCUUCUUUUCCCUGGUAUUCCUCUGGCCUUCAGCCUCCAGACUUUUGCUAGAUGUUGGGAAAGGAAGGAGAAGAAAGAGAGAAAGAGGAGUUACCUGUAAGUAAUAAGGGAGGUGUGUUUCUACAUAAUCUUGUAUAAUCAUAUGGGGGGGGAGAGAGAGAGAGAGAGAGAGAGAGAGAGAGAGAGAGUAAGAGGGGGUGGAGGUGAGAAUGUUGUUAUGAGCACAGAGAAAGAGUGCAUAUUGGAGGGGGGGGGAGACGGGAAAAUGGGUUGCUUAAGGUGUUGUAUAAAAGGCGUUCUUGCAGCCAAAGCUGUCUAGUGCCUGAACAUUACCUGGAGAGGUAGUGAGUGCUGACCAUUGAAAGGAUUUUAACAGAACCUAGGCAGUUAUCUUCCAUGUGUGCAAGAGAUUUUUUUGUACUAGUUUGUUCUAGGGAAGCUUAGAGAUUCCUUCCCACUCCAGGAUCCAAUGUCUCCUUUGCCACUGCUGGGCCCAGGUACCAGAUCUGCAGAGACACCUGCGAGUUACUUGCCUUCAUAGAGAUUAUAGUGGGCAUGAAAGGAGUCUCAGAAUCAUAAUACAAACUCUUCAGACCCACCCCAGCCUCUCAAGAGACUACUGUUAGUAGUGGUGGAAGGAACUAACAUUGGAGGAUAGGGAGAGAGGAACAGUGUAAAGGCCAGAUGGGGGCAUUGUGGGGAGAGAAAAGCCUGAAGGUCAUGCUCAGUCCUAAGAGAGGAGAUUGGAGGAGUGAAGGCUAGAGGUGGGAAUGACCAGAAUAUGAGGGCACAAUUGCCAGUCCAUCCCUGCUCUUCUGACUAGCUCUGGAUGGAGGCAUUGUUAUGUGUUCUGGGACCCAGAGGACCAGACCCCUGGGGCAUAUGAAGGAGUGGCGAUACUAAAAGAACCCUCUCCUGACUUGGUCCCAAAUCUGAUCCAACAUCCAUAGACAGCAAGGCUGAAGCCCAUGCCCUACAGUGUCUAGUGUGUGGCUACAGUGACCCCAGCCAUUGCUCCAUAACACCCUGAAUUCUUGAACAGAGCUUGGGAGACUUUUUACCCAUGUCCUGCUUUGGCACCCUCCAGAGAGCUAAUGUAGUAAUGGCCUCUGCUCACACUUCUCCCUCCAGUGUUGUUUCAGUCAUCCAUUCAUUCAUCCUGCCUAUAUUUAGCAAGAAACAGCUAUGGGCUGACCCUCAGGCACUGGCAAUCCAGAUGCCCACCAUCAAGGGCAGCUGCUUCCUACGCUUUGACAAAUAGCCGUUCUGCUAUCUUGGUGGUUACUGGAGCAGGCCACUUGAAGGGAAAGGAUGUGGCACAGAGGGCUGAAGGGGAACCCAGGUUUCUUCAGUGGAAAAGCUAUUGGGGUCAUCCUCACUCCUGAUUCUGGCCAUACUUAAGCAGCAGGAGGAGACAAGGUGGGGAGGGUUGGACAGUUCAGGCCUUAGAGCUCUCUUGACCUUGAAACUCAAACUUGAAAGUCAGCCCUGCCUUGUCCUGGAUCAGCACCAUGGGGCCUGAUAUCCCAAAAGGGGGGAAAGGGAGAAUUUCAGGGGGCCAGUUCAUCAAAUACUGGUCAGUGAGGAGUGGCUAUGGGGAAGUUGCCGGGCAUGGGACUUGAGUAGUGUUUGUGUACAUGGCCCUCUAUUGUCAAUGAAGAACAUCAAUAAAAUGUGGUUUUCAACUGGA